GUAUAUUUAAACUGAGUGGCAUGGUUACACACAAUUCCCCUCUCCAAGCAACAAUCUAAAUUGUAGUAUAGAGAAAACAAAAACACUUUUCUUUUUUUUUCGUUUUAGAAACAAUAAUAUGUUGAUAGGGAAUCGACCACGGCCUCAAAUGCAGAGAACCACAAGCAUAACGAGGAUCACCGUCGAGGUUGACGAUGAUCAGACCUCCGGUCAAGACUCUGACGUAGCUAUGACGGUGGUAGACGGCGGAAACAAUUACGACCAGCGGUUCUUGGGGAUUUUGUCGCCCACAAAUCACCGGAGGAACGAGAGCCAAGACGGUGGGAGAUCAUCACCGUCCUCGUCGUCGUCGUCUUUUCUUGGAAACUGUGGCUUGUGCAAACGCCGUUUAGCUCCCGGUCGUGAUAUUUACAUGUACAAAGGGGACGCGUUUUGUAGCGUAGAAUGCAGAGAACAACAAAUGGAGCACGACGAAGGCAAAACAAGAAACCGCGCCGUACAAUCACCAAAAUGAAAAAUAUGCAUGGCUCAAAUUUGCUAUUACUCUUAAGUUCGUGUGUGCUUUCUUAACUUGAGAUCGUUGUUUUUAAUCAUUAAUUAGUCUCCAUUAUGUAAUGAAACUAUUAACUAUCUUUCAGGUCCUGCAUAUAUAUAUUGUUUUAAGGAUAUACUA